GGCGCUAGCGAGCAAAACCCAGUCAAUGUCAAAAAGGUGUCAUCAUCUUUAUUGGGGGAAAAAGUUCUGGAUGGUCGCUCGUAUAGUUCGUCGAGGACUCUGCAAAGCGCCAGAAGAGAAGACAUGUUUUACGAGAGCUCCGCAUGGAAGAAACACAAAAGUUGUGGAACUUCAUCACUCCUACCCAUGACUCCCAAGAAACCUCCUCAGUGGCUGCAAGUGGUCGGACAUGCAGGCAGCUUUCACGUUGGGGAUUAUGGGACACUGCUGAAGAGAUUUUGUGAGGGGGAGCAGCAAUGCUACCUCAGGCUGAUGGAGGAUGUGUUGAGGCCCUAUGUUCCAGCCUAUCACGGUGUGGUGCAGCGGGACGAGCAGAAUUAUAACAUAAUGGAUAACUUGCUGACCCAUUUCAACAGACCGGCCAUCAUGGACUGCAAGAUGGGGAGCCGCACAUACCUCGAGGGGGAGCUGCUGGUGGCCAGAGAACGGCCCCAGCCCCGUAAAGACAUGUAUGACAAGAUGGUGGCCGUGGACCCAGAAGCCCCGACGAUGCAGGAGCGAUCCCAGCAUGCAGUGCUGAAAACCAGGUACAUGCAGUGGAGGGAAACGCUGAGCUCCACAACAUCUCUGGGUUUCCGUAUCGAAGGAUUCAGGAAGUCAAACGAAGAGUGUCACACAAACUUCAAAAGGACCAAAAGCAGAGAGCAAGUGAUUGAAGCACUGGACAACUUUGUUGAUUCCAAUACUCAAAUUGUGUGGGGAUAUCUCAGACGGUUGAAACAACUGCGGCAGGUCCUGGAGGCGUCAGACUUCUUCAGGACACACGAGGUUGUGGGCAGCUCCUUACUGUUUCUGCAUGACUGGACAGGUAGAACAGGAGUCUGGAUGAUUGACUUUGGAAAGACGGCGGUAUUACCGGCACACCUCACCUUGAACCACCGCACUCCCUGGGAGGACGGCAAUCGAGAAGACGGCUACCUGUGGGGUCUGGACAACCUCAUUGAUAUGCUGGCCGACAUGCUGCCCCUGACCUGAGCGCACGUCUGAACGAGUGGAAAUUCACUCCUAACCCUUCCGUCACCACUCGUGAGCGAGUGACUGCAGAUGCAGUGGCUUCUGAAAAGUUUGUGUUGUCAGAAUUGGGAGAAUUAACUCGGUACAUAAUGAGGGUGUAAAAAAGGAAGAUGUGAUUGACUCCAAACAGAUUUUCUUUUAGCAAAUUACAAUAAUAUUGGUCAAGAGAUCAUCCGUGAUUAAUGUAAAUCCCCACCUGAGCCCUGUGAAGAUUGACCACUGAAUAGACCUACACUCACCUGUGCUGCCACUCCUCGCUUCGGCAGGAGACGCCGACCCAGCUGUCUCAAGAUUAUCCUUAUUUUAGCGAAAACAUAGCACAAGCAAUUAUACGCCAAAGACGACUUGGCUGUUUGGGAAGAUCUGCAGUUUAAAUGUCACACUGUGUCAUUAAAAUGGUGCUAAAAUGUUA